AUCUUUUUGAGCUUAAAUUUCAUCAAAUUAUUGUUUUGUUCUUGCAUGCAGCAUCAGAUUUGAUUCUUGUAGCCAUGAGACUAUUUUGGUGUGUUUUGUUUCUGCUCUUGAAAUUUGAAUACUUCAACAAAUAUUGGUAGGGCGACAAGUAGUUGUGUUUAUAUAUUUGGGAUUGAAGAUUUGUUGUUUGAGAUUUGAGAAAAUCGCUUUGGCUUUCACUUCUUCAGCUGUAAUUCAUGGUUCUCUUUCUUCUUCAUCUUCAUAUGAACAACAACAACCUAGAGGGAAGCUUUUUAAUGCUGGAGAAAUUCUCAAGUUCUUUUGUUAUGCUUUUUGGUGAUGUGUCUGCCCAAGAAAGAACUUCUGAGAGAAAUUUGCGUCGUCGUACCAGAUAUGCACAGAUGUCACCAGAGAGAAAGCAAUUAUUUUUAUCCGAGCUAAGAGAAAAAAGGGCUGAGUCAAAAAGACAAAAACACCUUCAUCAAUCAAAUACUACUGCCGCUCUUACAAUCAGUAGUUCUUCAUUAUCGCCUCAGGAAGUUGAAGCUUCUGAAGCCACAAACCUACCAGUUACUUUAACUACAGGACAUCAUCAAUCAAAUAGUACUGGCGCCCUUACAAUCAGCACUUCUUCGUUAUCUCCUCAACAAGGUUAGCUAACCAUAUUUUAGGUAAAUCUGUUGUAAAAAAAACAGCAAAAUUCUGUUAGUAGUUUUCACGUAUAGGAUCAAACAUAAUGGACGCGUACUGCACUUACGAGAAAUAAUAGCUGAAAUUUUCCUAUUGGGUUGGGGGUUAUCGAAUCUUCACAGUUCACAUGAGUUGCUUCUCCUCUG